GUGGGUGUGGUUACCUAGUAAAUUGUCUCUGUGCUCCUUUGCCGCGAGAGCGUUCUCGCCUUUUCGGUUUUCAGAUUUCCAGAUCCAAAGUUGUCUAGGGGGUCUCUCUCCUCCAGUUCCAGGCUGGGGUUAAAGUUGGGAAGUGAUUGUUGCAGAACAAAUCGAGUGAUAAAGAAAACAUGUGGUUUUCAUUACGCGUGGAGGCCCGCCUGAGAAAUCCUGAGAGGGCCAGGCAGUCCUGCUAACGCGGCGCUUGCGUUACGUGUUGAAGCCGGUGUCUCAGCUUUUUUUACAUUAGUCUUGCGGAAUUGCUUUUGCAGAAAUUCUGCCGGUCCCCUUUUUUGGCCCAUUUUAGGCUUUACGGGGCGGCCAGGUGUGUGUUGGAGUAUCUCCUGAUAGCAUUAAUUUUCCUAGAAGAAGAAUCAUCAAACCGAGUGCUGAAGACAUUCUUUUUGAAUUUUACACUGAUUUUUAAAGUCUCAAGGAAACAGAAACAAUAAAACUCCAUUUAUGAUCUGGGGUCUCUGAACGCAGCACCAAUUAAGGUGAAAAGCCUUAUUAAGAAAAGAGCACAUUAGGCUUGAGUGAACUCUUGGGAAGGGGAGGUGAUUGAUAUCUGGGUUCAGACAGGGUUUUUUUUUAAUGCAUGUUAAUUUUGGCAUCAAACUUUUAAAACUUUAGUUGGAGUAACAAAGUUAUUGUGAGAGGAAAUAAAUCCUACAUUGAGAAGCCUGAUUUUAAUUUGUUAAUUUCAGGAGGCAGUUAAUGAAAAUAAAAUAGCUGAAUACUAAAUAGUCUCAUUUGCAUUAUGAUUUUCUGGUGAUUUAGAAAAGCAAAAUGCCAGAUGCACUGGUUACUGCAAUACAGUUUAUGUAGCUAAUACACUUUAGGCAAAUGAUUUUGGCAAAACAGAACGUGUUUUGGGAGUGAUUUAUCAGUAAGGGAAGAGUUGCUCUUCCUUUGGAGGUAAAGGAUUGAGAAGACAGGUCAAAGGUUAGUGUCUCAGUGAAAUACUUACAUUUAAUUUUUAAGGUGUUUCUUCUGCAUGAAUGUGAUUGAGGUUAAAAGCAGUUUCUGUCAAUUCCUGUACAGUGCUUGGACUUGGGCCAGCUUUGAAUCAUGUUGAAAUAGGAGAUCUGGGAUUUUUUUUCUUAAUCUGGUUUUAUUUUAUGUAUACAUUGAUUUUGAAACAUUGGUGGGUCCAAGGCAUUAAGGGGCCACUCCAGUAGAAGAGAGGUAACCCUUUAUGUACCAUGAGAUGUGAAAUUGUCAGUAUUUUGUGAAUCCUUUAUGGGUUUACUGUGUAUUGAAUUAAGUAUGACAGGGACAGGCUGUCCACUGUAUUUUCUUGUGUGUUGUAAAAUGAAGAGUUAUCUUUUAAGUUAGUGAUUUUUUACAAAAGCCUUAAAAUACACAAAAUUAGAAUUCACAUACUCUUCAGUGAACUAGAGCUCUAAGAGUGGACUGAAAAAUAAAGACGUUUCUUUUCCGUGAGAAUUUGACUCUAAUGGAGAGAGAGAAUUUUUAAGCACUCGACUGCCUGGGCAUCUUUCAUCUCUAGCCUUUUCCAAGUAUCCAACCCCACUUUUCCUCUGCAGCUUUAUUAGGGGUUACAGACUUCCUAUGGAAAACCAUGAGUCAAAUUUAUCUUUGGCACCACUUGAUUUAGUGGUGCCAGUGCAGUAUCUGUUUCUUUCCAAAGGCUCCCUAGCUGCUAAUUUGUUGGGAAUUCAUCAGACACUCCUGGGGGGCUCACUGUCAUUCGAUUAGCCUUGGCUGCAAAGAACUGUGCGCUCAGAAGCGGAGGCUGGAGCAGUGAAGUCACUGCCCUGCCUGGUGUUGUGACAUCACUAUGGCUCAGAGGAAACAAGGGUGGGGCAGGCAAAAUCAGACGUCUGAAGCAUCUUGCUGGCUGUAACUUGGCCUGAUAAAUGCAUGAGACUCUCCUUUCUCAAGUUGGACUGCACCAUAAGAACAAUCGACCAUGACGACCGAAUCAGGAUCAGACUCGGAAUCCAAGCCGGAGCAGGAGGCUGAGCCCCAGGAGGCGGCGGGGCCGCAGGGGCACGCGGGGGGUCAGCCGGGCCCCGAGCCGGGCGCCGAGGAGCAGCCCCAAGCGCCGGAGCAGUUCGAGGAGGCGGCAGCACACAGCACGCCGGUGAGGAAGGAGGUCACUGACAAGGAACAGGAGUUUGCUGCCGCCGCUGCCAAACAGCUUGAGUAUCAGCAAUUCGAAGACGAUAAACUUUCUCAGAAAUCAUCUAGCAGUAAACUAUCUCGCUCUCCAUUAAAGAUUGUCAAAAAGCCUAAAAGCAUGCAGUGCAAAGUGAUACUUCUGGAUGGAUCGGAAUACACCUGUGACGUAGAGAAACGCUCUAGAGGUCAAGUGCUGUUUGAUAAAGUAUGCGAACAUCUGAAUUUGCUAGAAAAAGACUACUUUGGGCUUACAUAUCGAGAUGCUGAAAACCAGAAGAAUUGGUUGGACCCUGCUAAGGAAAUUAAAAAACAGAUUCGAAGCGGUGCUUGGCAUUUUUCAUUUAAUGUGAAGUUUUACCCACCAGACCCUGCCCAGCUCUCUGAAGACAUCACCAGGUACUACCUCUGCCUCCAGCUGCGAGAUGACAUCGUGUCCGGCAGGCUGCCCUGCUCCUUCGUCACCCUUGCCCUGCUGGGCUCCUACACUGUCCAGUCAGAACUGGGAGACUACGACCCUGACGAGUGCGGCAGCGACUAUGUCAGCGAGUUCCGCUUUGCACCAAACCACACGAAAGAGCUGGAGGACAAAGUCAUCGAGCUGCACAAGAGCCACAGAGGAAUGACGCCAGCAGAAGCAGAGAUGCAUUUCUUGGAAAAUGCCAAAAAGCUUUCCAUGUAUGGGGUAGAUUUACAUCAUGCCAAGGAUUCAGAAGGAGUCGACAUCAUGCUGGGCGUGUGUGCGAGUGGUUUGUUGAUAUAUCGUGACCGGCUACGGAUCAACAGAUUUGCCUGGCCAAAGGUUCUAAAAAUCUCAUACAAACGGAACAACUUUUACAUUAAGAUCCGGCCGGGAGAGUUUGAACAAUUCGAAAGCACCAUUGGGUUUAAGCUGCCAAACCAUCGCGCUGCCAAGCGUUUAUGGAAAGUGUGUGUAGAACACCAUACAUUUUUCAGACUGUUGUUACCUGAAGCACCUCCAAAGAAAUUCCUCACCUUGGGUUCCAAGUUUCGUUAUAGUGGCAGAACGCAAGCCCAGACCAGAAGAGCCAGUGCCUUGAUAGAUCGUCCAGCCCCUUACUUUGAGCGCUCAUCCAGCAAACGCUACACUAUGUCUCGCAGCUUGGAUGGAGCAUCAGUGAAUGAAAACCAUGAAAUGUACAUGAAGGAUUCUGUGUCCGCUGCAGAGGUUGGUACGGGCCAGUACGCCACAACAAAGGGCAUCUCUCAGACCAACUUGAUCACCACUGUGACUCCAGAGAAAAAGGCCGAGGAGGAGCGGGACGAGGAGGAGGAGAGACGGAAAAAGGCCGAGGAAGCCACACCUGUCGCCACCGUACGGCACGAGGGAAAGACGGACAGCGAGCGCACAGACACGGCCGCCGAUGGUGAGACCACCGCCACGGAGUCGGACCAGGAGGAAGAUGCAGAGCUCAAGGCCCAGAAUAGUCUGAUUAAGCGCAUAAAGGGUGAAAAUGUGUAUGUCAAACAUAGUAAUCUUAUGUUAGAGGAGCUAGAUAAAACGCAAGAUGACCUGAUGAAACAUCAGACCAAUAUUAGUGAGCUGAAAAGAACCUUUUUAGAAACCUCCACAGACACUGCCGUCACGAACGAAUGGGAAAAGAGGCUUUCCACCUCCCCCGUGCGACUCGCCGCCAGGCCAGAGGAGGCGCCCAUGAUCGAGCCACUUGUACCGGAAGAGACCAAAGAAGAAAGAGAGAUUUCUGAAAAAGUUAUCUAUUUGCAGCAAGGAAGCUCACCAGUUUUUGAGUCUCAGCCCAGUGUGAUAAAGAACAUUCAGGAAGGAGACUCUGCAGGCUCUGUGUUUACCUCUCAUCAAAUCAUUUUCCAGAAAACUGUCCCAUCGACCCUAGAGGGCACAGAGGAUUGGGUUAUUGUAGACAAAAUACCCACUGAGGUAGUUGAUGGUGAUUCCAAAAAGAUUGUGACGUACAAAGUGGUGACCCUGAGCAGUAGAACGGGUGACAUCCCGGCCGACCUGUUAGGGUCCAGUGCCGUCGAAGUGCAGAGCUUCGAAGACCUGGCCCGAGAAAUGCACUUGAAGGAAGACAGCAGGCAGAAGAUAUACACCCUGGGAAGGUCCUACGACACUGUGUCGGGAAAAAUUGUCACUAUGACCGGAAAAGCCAAGGAGGGGGAGAAGGUGGUGCCACCCUCCCCCCUGGAGCUGGGACUGGCUGAAUCUAUGAAGACCCCCCUUGUCCUGGCAGAGCUCGGGGUCCUGGGAGCCAGCGCUGAGGACAGGGCCAGGAGGGGGCCCGAGGUCCACACGCCGAAACGGAGGCUGUCAGAGUCCCUGACUCCCAUCAAGGAAGCCGAGUCGCGGCGGCCAAGCCCCGAGGAUGCUGAGCCCUGGAGGGAGGCGGGCCCAGAGAGCGCGCGGCUCAGAGCAGAGCCCGAGGCCGAGGCCUUGAAGGUGGGGCCCUUCGGUCCCCGCAGGAAGAGCCUGUCCGAGUGGAGGUACUCCCAGGAACCGGCCGUCACCGUCGCCACCGCCCGUUAUGUUACCGAGGCGGCCGCAUCCCAAGUCGUGACUAAACAGUCUUCUGGUGAAAAGCUCAUGGAUGGCUCUGAAAUCUUCAGUUUAUUAGAGUCUGCGAGGAAACCGACAGAAUUCAUAGGAGGGGUUACUUCCACUUCUCAAAGCUGGGUGCAGAAAACAGAAACCAAGACGGAGUCCAGUGAAACAGAGACAGAAACGACCCAGCGCCCCCAGCCACUCAGCACUGAGACGGUGGUGCAGGAAACGGUGUUGGUGGAGGAAAGACAUGUGAUGAGCGUGCAUGCAAGUGGAGAUGCUUCUUCCACUGCGGGAGAUGGUGUGGAUGCUGCAGCACAGGCUGCCUCUGCCGAAGCUUCUGGCGUGAAAGGGAAGGAAGGCUCUGCUCUGACCGAGGGGGCGAAAGAGGACAAGGGGGAGGUGGCCGACAGAGCUGUCCUGGAGCAGGAAGUGAUGGCCACUGCUUCCCAGGAGCCAGAGGAGGAGCGGCUGAGUGCUGCCAUCCACGUGUCUGAAACUCUGGAACAAAAACCUCAUUUUGAGUCAUCAACUGUGAAGACAGAAACCAUCAGCUUUGGCAGUGUUUCACCAGGAGGAAUAAAGCUAGAAAUUUCUACCAAGGAGGUGCCUGUAGUUCACACAGAAACAAAAACCAUAACAUAUGAAUCAUCACAGGUUGAUCUUGGCGCUGAUUUGGAGCCGGGGGUGCUAAUGAGUGCCCAGACGAUCACAUCUGAAACCACCAGCACCACCACCACCACCCACAUCACCAGAACUGUGAAAGGAGGCAUUUCAGAGACGAGAAUCGAGAAGCGAAUCGUUAUCACAGGAGAUGCAGACAUUGACCACGACCAGGCGCUGGCUCAGGCAAUUAAAGAGGCCAAAGAGCAGCACCCUGACAUGUCAGUGACCAAAGUAGUGGUCCAUAAAGAGACAGAGAUCACCCCGGAAGAUGGAGAGGAUUGAGCCCAGGAGUAACCUAGCCUGCACAUGAAGCCAGGCAAUGCAGACCGUUAGGAAAAACCAGAACCUCUAUGGAGUUCCCUCUUCUAACUCACUGACUUGUAUCUGCCCGUGGACAAUUUCAAUCCAGAAGAACUGACCUUGACCAUUACUAAAGACACUGGCAGAGAGCUCUUCCCAUCAUAAAGCAAUCCGAAUCAGCAUCACUAAACUGAUAUUGCAUGAAGCAACAAUAAAAUUACAAAAACAGCAGCAUUUUUAAUUUUCACACAGCGUCUAAGUUUCCAGCUACACCUGCACGUGCAUAAACCAGCCACAUAAACCGUGAUCUCAUGUAACACAUAAUACAAUCCAUGCCUUUCGUAGCUUAUUAUGACGAAAGUCUAAACAAAAAUGAGACUUCUUAGGUGACAGGUCUUUUGUUUACAGAUCAGUGAAGGUGACCCUAAACUUCUAGAAGCUGUGUAGGUCCGGUACGUCAGGUUUAUCCAAGAUUAGAUGUGCCAAUAACAGAGUUUAUGCAGUAAACAACUUGAUUCUUGUACUUGUUUCAUCUGGUUUAUCACUCACCCUGAAACAGUAAUGACUCUCUGAUCCUCUGGAAAUAUUUAAUGCUUACAGUCCCGCUUUGUGUAAUCUAAUUUAAUUCAUUAGAAGGUAGUACUGAUUUCAGCAUAUUAAUGUGAUUUCCUCCCUGUCAUCCGCUUUUGGUCUGUGUUCAAUCUGGAAAGCUUCCCAGAGUCCCCUAACAAGUCCUAAAUAUGUAAAUUAUCAUUAUUUUGGAAAGAAAACCUGUAUUUUUGUUAGUCGGCCAUAUUAUGAAAUUUCACUCCAGGAAAACCGUUGGACUUCUGUUGCAUUGUUUUCUUUCGUUUCUUCUUCCUUGUAUUUUUUAAUUGAUUUUUCUCUUUUACUUGAAAAAAAAAAGUGUUUUAUUUCCGAAUCUGGUCCAUAUUUACAAUCUAGUUCAGAGCCAAGCCUUAAACUGUACAGAAUUUCCACUGUAAUUAAACUAUUUAGUGUUUAGUUAUAAAUAGCCUUCAGAAAGAUAUAUGCUCCAUUAUACUGUCAACUGCAUCCCACAGCCCAUGGUGAAUGUAUGUUUCUGCAUAGCAAAAUAAAAAUGGUAAACGCAUUCAAAUAUCUAA